AUGAGGAAGGUGACUCAUAAAACCAUCACAGAGGAGCUGUCCAAAACAGUGCUGCUGCCCUGUCUCUUUACCCUGCGUCCGGGGACCAGCUCCUCCCCUGAGCCCCCGAGGAUCAAGUGGACCAAGGUGUGGGGCCAGCAGGGCUCGGACGGUGUGCAGAAAGAGCAGUCUGUGCUGGUGGCCAAAGAUAAUGUGGUGAAGGUAAAGAAGGCUUUCCAGGGUCGAGUGUCUCUCCCUGGCUACAAUGAGAACCGCUACAAUGCCUCUCUGGCUUUGACCGGGCUGCGCUCCAGUGACUCCGGGCUGUACCGCUGUGAAGUUGUAGUGGGAAUCAACGAUGAGCAGGACACUGUGCCCCUGGAAGUUACAGGUGUGGUCUUUCACUACCGGGCGCCUCAUGACCGCUAUGCACUGACUUUUGAUGAUGCUAAAAGGGUGUGUGUGGAGAACUCUGCAGUCAUUGCCAAUCCCGGUCAGCUGCAGGUCACCUUCGCGGACGGAUACGACAAUUGUGAUGCGGGAUGGCUCUCGGACCAAACUGUACGAUACCCCAUACAAUCUCCUCGGCCCGGUUGCUAUGGCGAUAGAGAAGACUCACCCGGAGUGCGAAACUACGGCAAUAGGUCCCCCGACGAGCUGUUUGAUGUCUACUGCUUCGCUAAACAGCUGCCAGGUGACGUCUUCCACACCUCGGUGGCAGAGAAGCUGAACCUGGCCACAGCCUCCACUCACUGUCACUCUCUGGGGGCUCAGCUGGCCACUGUGGGGCAGCUGUACCUGGCGUGGCAGGCCGGUCUGGACCAAUGCGACCCGGGAUGGCUGGCAGAUGGCAGCGUGCGUUACCCCAUCAACGUCCCCCGAAGGAACUGCGGCGGAGACGAGCCUGGUGUGCGCACCGUCUACAGCAACCCCAACCGCACUGGGUUUCCUGAUACCACGGCACUGUUUGACGCCUACUGUUUUGGAGACGAAAAGCUAAACGGAGUCCAUGCCGUGGAGGCCGUGUACCAGGCUUCCAACCCAGAGGAGGAAGAAGCCACAGUGUCUGCCAGUCAAACCCACCACAGUCCCCCUUAUGCUGAAACCUCAUCCUGGACUGGUCUCGUUAACCCGGAAAACUCUGUAGCUGACGUCAAUAAUUCCUCUGCGAUCUCUGAGGAGCAUGUCAUAAUCCAUCUGAUGCCUGAACAUAAUAGCGGCAAUGCUUUAGGCCUGUCGGAGCUGGGGCGCAUCGAAAACCAUGGUGAAGAGGAGCUGAGCAAAGAGGACGGGAGUGUAGCCAGUUUCACAAAUGCAUCUUCAGCUCAACCACCUCAGAGCAGCAACAGCGUGCUCGCCGACUUUGUUCACACUUUGAUGAAGCCGUUUAGGUACCUGACCGGAGAUAAACAGGCUGAGGGUACAGAAUUUGGAACGUCUAUGCCCUUGGAAGAAGUGACAGAAAACCAUGUAUUGGCUGAUAUUUCUAGCAGUAAUCUGAGCGAGCCCAAAUCGGACAAGGAAAGCUUGGACAACGCAAUAUCUGAGAAUAGAAGGUUCUCUUUCCUUCCUUCUACAAACGGACUGGCGUUGUCUGAGCAGGAGGAGGUUGUGAUGCCAUUGAUAAAACUGCAUCCGGCUGUAAACGAAGAAGAGCAGAGGGACACUAGCGCCCUCCAUGAAGAAACCACAGCUAAAGACUCCUCCACAUCUGCCCCCACCGAACCACCUCCGCACUCUGUCAAAGUGUCCAGCCCACAGGGUCCCAGAGGAGCGCACGCCUUCAGCUCGGGCCCCAGCAGUCAGUUCCGCUGGGCCAUCAAGUCAAUGCGCGCCUCUAAACUAGGUCCCCCCGGAAAUAUGGGUUAUGUGGGGAAACGUCAACCCCACUGGGAACCUAUGGAAGCCAAAGCCACUCCGUUGGAAAUAAUGACCAUGCCCAUAUUGCGGCGGCAUGACAACCCAGAAAACUACUCGGGCGAAGGUAAAGAAGAAGAGGAAGAAGGGGCAAACCGUCCACCUUCAGAGGAGGAGAGUGACACAGAGGGGAGCGCACUUGCCGAGAUGGUUGAGUCAAAAGGAAAAGAGAGUUUGGAGACUGACCUGAGUGAAGACAUGAAUGAUGUCGUUACUGUGGCAGAAUACACCACAUUGUCGCGAUGGCAGCUUGUGGAGAAGCCCACCACCACACCCCAGGGGCCCCCUUCUGAGGAGGCAAAGGGGGAGAUCCUUUUUAUGCGUAGGCCAACAGAACAACACAAACAAGAAAGAGCACUGAACUUAGAUGUUGCUACAAAAAAACAGAAACCUGUAAUUACUCAAGGAAGUAAGUCAAGUGAAGUCCACACACAGGUGUUGACGACCGCAGACGUGAUGACAACCAGAGGCAUUGAUGUGACAGACCCCACCACUGUGCCAAACCCGGCAGAAAGAGACCCCACUGAUGAGUCUAUCUCAAUAUCUUGGGUGCUUCCAAAGGACAGCUCCUACGCCUUAGAUCAUCAGCCAAGCACAGAUAUUAUUCAGCUCACCACACAGGCGUCGGAGGUGCGCCUUAGUGUCACCGAAAUGGAGUCCAGAUCUUCCGUGUCCGAGUCGUUUGUGAUGGGGAGUAAGUGGACACCUUUUAAAAAAUCAGAGGAGAAAAAAACGCUGGAAUCAACUGACAGCAGUAAAGACAAGGCCACGAAACCGUUCGGCUUCCUGGUCCCCAACUGGGCUUACGGACUCAUCCCUUCAGGGGACAGUAACCCGUGUCAAACCAACCCCUGUCUCCACGGUGGCAGCUGCCUGCAGGAGGGCGACGGUUAUAGCUGCUACUGUCCACAGGGCUUCUCUGGAGAGAGCUGUGAGAUUGACAUCGACGACUGCCAGUCCAAUCCAUGCCAGAAUGGUGGGACCUGCAUCGACGAGAUCAACUCCUUUGUGUGCCUUUGUCUGCCCAGCUACAGCGGAGCCACCUGCGAAAAAGACACUGAGGGCUGUGAGCAUUCUUGGAGGAAGUUCCACGGACACUGUUACCGCUACUUCAGCCGCAGACACACGUGGGAGGACGCGGAGAAGGACUGCAGGGAGCACAGCGGGCACCUGGCCAGUAUUCACAGUGCAGCCGAGCAAAACUUCAUCAGAGGCCUGAGCCAUGACAAUACGUGGAUUGGCUUGAAUGAUCGCACAGUGGAGGAUGAUUUCCAGUGGACCGACAAAAUGGACUUGCAAUACGAAAACUGGCGUGAAAACCAACCCGACAACUUCUUUGCUGGAGGAGAAGACUGCGUGGUGAUGAUCGCUCAUGAGAACGGCAAAUGGAACGACGUGCCCUGCAACUACAAUCUACCCUACGUUUGCAAAAAGGGAACAGGUGGACGCAAAAAGGUUGACUUUAUGGAGAGGUAA